AUGAUAAGUAAAUUAGAAAUAAUUCCGAAUGAAAUAUUUUUAAAUAUAUUUUCUUAUUUAUCGUGGGAUGAAAUCUUAAUAUCAUUAUGGUCAUUAAAUAACCGUAUUAAUUCUCUUAUUUGUUCAAUAUUUUCAAUAAAUAAUAAAAAUAGAUUUAUUUUUAAUAAAUCAACUUUAUCCUAUGAAAAGUUUUCUACAAUAAUCCUUCCAUUAAUAUUAAACUGCUCAUAUCUUUUAUCUCCUAUUAAAUCUAUUCAUUUUGAUGAAAUUAAUUCAUUAUUUUUCGACUUAUUUUACGAAAAUAUUUAUAAUGAUAACAGUAUUAAGCCAAUUAUUUAUUUUCCUAAUCUUGAAACAGUUUCAAUUAAUCAAUGUUUAUUAUCUCAAUCAUUAGUUCAAACGAUAUGUUUAUUUAUCCAGUUGAAAUUAGAUCAACUUACAUUAUCAUUUCAUGAAGAUAUUUAUCAAACGUUUAUUAAUGAACGAGAAUCUCCAUCAAUUCCUUCUGAUAAAGAGAAAAUUGAAAAAAUGUUUCAACAGUUAUUAAAUGAAAUAUUUUCUAAUAAAUGUCAGUUGAAUUCUCUUCAACUUGAUAUAACAAAAUCAUUUUAUUCAAUACAUCAAUGCUUAAAUCCCGAUUCUAAUCUUCAAUCAAGAACAAUUUCUAAUGAAUAUCAAUCUUAUUGUUUAACUCUACGUCGUUUGUAUAUUCGUCUCGAUUAUCGAUGUUUUCUUGAACAUCUCAUUCAAUAUGUUCCCAAUCUUGAACAAUUAUCGGUUCAUUUUCGACAUUCCUUGGACAAGGAUAUAGCCUUUGGUUCAAAUGUUGAAACAUUGAUUUUAUCAAAUGGAAAUUGGUUCAAUAAAAGUCUAAUUGUCAAUGACUUGGAAUUUGGUUAUUUAAAAUGGAUUCUUAAUAAUGUUAAUCAUGUUAAAAAGCUUGAAAUUAAUUUACAUAGCGGAUAUAUAUGGAAUAGAACUGAUAUUAUAUGGAGAUCUUUUAUUGAUGCAAAUUUCAUUCGUCAAUAUUGUUUACCUGAUCGAAUAAUUAAUUUGAAAGAUUUUCGUUUUUAUAUUUGUGCAAAUUGUCAAUUAUCAUCAAAUGAUAUUUUUAGAACAAUAAAUUCCUUUAAAAUCGAUUCAUUUUUUAUCGAUCAUCAAUGGACAGAUGUUAAAUGUUUUUAUAAUGAAAAUAUAUCAAUGGAAUAUCAAGUGAAAGGUUCUGCUGAUAAUUUGCAUAUGUCGCCAACAUUAGAUAAUAUACGACUACGAAAUUUAAAUAAUAUUCAAUUAGUAAAUGUCACAAAACUUCAAUUUGGAUCUUGUGAUCGUCGCGCAACUCGUAUGUAUAAAUUGACUUUUUUUUGA